AACGAUUACAAACUUGUAUCUUUGAACGAUUCCUUUAGAACGAUUCUACAAACGAUCGGCCAUGGCAAUUUCUCCAACCCCUGUUUCCCAACAGGAACCUUCGUGUUCGAAUCUACCUCAAGAACACGCCUCAUUGCAGUCACCAGCGGACGCGUUGGAGAAGAAGAAGAAGAGAAACCAGUCUCCCGGUGUUCGUGUUAUCGGCGCUCGUAUCUAUGAUUCCCAGAAUGGGAAAACCUGUCACCAGUGCCGUCAGAAGACGAUGGACAUUAUGGCACCUUGUAAAAAUCACAAAAAAGGAAAAACAAUGCACUAUCAAAUACUGCCAUAAGUGCUUGCUGAACAGAUAUGGUGAGAAAGCAGAGGAAGUGGCAGUUUUGGAGGAUUGGUUUUGUCCAAAGUGCAAAGGCAUUUGUAAUUGCAGUUUUUGCAGGAAGAAAUUGGGGCAACAACCUACUGGUAUACUUUCAUAUACUGCAAAGUCUACAGGUUUUGCAUCUGUUUCCGAGAUGCUUCUUGUUAAAGGUCCCGAUGUUCAAUCAGCAAAGAAAUCUACCCAUGACAAUCCGAUGAAAAAGGGAAGGAAAACCUUAGUGAAAAUUCUGAUAUGAAUCUUGUUGAGCAAAAGGCUAAGAAGUGAAAAAGGGGAAUAUGCUGGAGGAAAAGGAUAAAAAGGAUGAUAAAGAGAUGGAUCAUGGAGUCAUCAUAUCCAAGAAAAGAAAAAGAAUAUCAACACAGAUAUGGAGGGAAUGAGUGAUGUACCAGAUGCUAAGAAGCUUAAAGUUGAAGGCCAAGUGGAGACAAAUUCUAUUUGUUCCUUGAGUGAUGGAGUCAUCAUAUCCAAGAAAAGAAAAAAGAAGAUCAACACAGAUAUGGAGGGAAGAGUGAUUUACCAGAUGCUAAGAAGCUUAAAGUUAAAGGCCAAGUGGAGACCAUUCUAUUUGUUCCUUGAGUGAUGUUGAAAUCCCACUACCUCAGGGAUCUGAAAUGAGAACUGUGGCUGGAAUUGACUGCAA